AUGAACACGUUUGGACCAUACCCUCAACCGAAACAAUUUGUGCUAUGUUUUGAUGGCACAGGAAACAAGUUUGCUGGUGAUGCAUCCGACACAAAUCUCGUCAAGAUCUAUCGCAUGCUAGAUCGGAGCCAAAGCCACCAAUACCACUACUACCAACCCGGGAUUGGAACAUACGUAACAAGCAACCACUUCGGCGGAAAAGGCAGACUCGAACGCAUCAAGUCCUCCUACAAGAAAGCAAAAGAUGCAGCCUUGGGCUCCUCCUUUGACGAACACGUGCUGGGCGGAUACAAGUUCCUAAUGCGGUACUAUGCCCCAGGCGACAAAAUCUAUUUCUUCGGCUUCAGCCGCGGCUCCUACACUGCACGCUUCCUAGCAGAGAUGUUAGAUUUCAUCGGCCUCCUGCAACCGGGCAAUGAAGAGAUGAUUCGGUUUGCGUGGAAGACUUUUGCGAAGUGGCAGCAGCGACGAGAUAGCACGGCGCAGGACCAUGAAGAGCGACAUCGGCUUUUCAUGUUUAUGAAGGCUUUUCGGGAGACGUUCAGUCGGCCUGUUGGACGGAUUCGAUUUUUGGGGUUGUUUGAUACGGUUAACAGUGUGCCUAUCUUUGAAAAUGCUUGGAUGGAGAGGAGUAAGUUUCCUUAUACGGCGCAGAGCUCAGCGAGGGUUAUUCGGCAUGCUGUUUCUAUUGAUGAACGGCGGGCGAAGUUUCGGCAGGAUUUGCUUUAUGAGAUUCGACCGAAGGUGCGAAAGGAGAAACAUUCGCAUUCGCUUGGGUUGAGACAUCUCUUGUCCCGUGAGGAUGACCAGGGGAGUGAGAAGGUUGAUGUUCCUGAGAAUGAGAGGGAGUUGGCACAGAUUCCAAGAUGCGGGUCUACGAGGGUUCUUAAUGAGGGACAGAGAUAUCGUGGACAUACGCCUUCGUCUAAUAGGCAUGUCAGUGUCGAAGCGCCGAGAAUGGGAAACUUGCUCGGUGACGGUGUUUCAAUGAGAAGUGGUGUCUCCGGUGCCUCUCUUCAGCUUUCCCAUCUUCAUGUACCAAGCGAGACUGGGGACGAUGAUAACGAGCAGGAUGUGGCAGAGGUAUGGUUCCCAGGACAACAUGGUGACGUUGGAGGUGGUUGGGUCCUCAAUCCAAAAGAUCCCUGGCCGCUCAGUCAUAUUCCACUUGUGUGGAUGGUCAAGGAGGCUCAACUGGCAGGACUCGAGUUUGAUCCAGAGAAGCUCGAACGAUUCAAUUGCCGCGAUGAGACUUUCGAGCCACUCCGAGCUUCAGAAGAAACCAAGCCGGAUAUAUAUCGUGAUGUACUUCAACAAACAAUGGACCGGGGCAUCGUGCAUGACACUCUCACCUAUGGCGGUGGUGUUUCAGUAUUGUCAACUCUGUCAUGGCGGUUGAUGGAAUACCUCCCUUUCCGAAGAAUGGACCUGCAGCCGGACGGAUCCUGGAAGCCAAUUCGUUGGCCUCUUCCCUGUGGAGAGGUGCGUGAUAUUCCGGAAGAUGCUCAAAUUCACAUCUCUGCUAUAUAUCGUAUGGAGAUUGAUCCUACGUAUCGACCUGGGAAUCUGAUCAUAGGUGGAGGUGGAAGGAGUCUCAAACGAGCUCCUUCGAGAUAUGGAACCGGGAAUUGGCAAGUCUGUAAGCAUGAGGGUGAUUUGGUUAGCCAGACUUAUGUGCGAAAAAUCGGUGAUCUUUGUCAAGAUGGUCAUUCAUAA